AUGGAUACCUUGAUUGAGCGUCUUCAGAACCGCAGUCUUUGGGACACUGACGAGGAAGCCAACUCAGCGGAGGAUUUCUCUCAAGAGCUGAUCGCUCUUCAAUCAAUAUAUGAGCCUGAAAAUGUUGAUCUUGUCUAUGGAUCUCUAUCUGGUCAACCUGUUAUACUCCAGGUUAAGAUGCCACUCCUUGAUUCUAGCCAUGACUCGAUCAAGCUCCAAGUAGAACUACCAGCUAAUUAUCCAAACACUGAUACUGCACCUAAAAUGCAACUUGUAAACAGGACUAUAAAUGGUCGCUCUGUCGACCAACACAUUCGUUCUGAAAUUGACCGAACAUUCACGUCUUCAGGUUCUGUUCCAUGGUCGCGCAAUGUACCUGUUUUAUUCCAAGGUCUUGACUGUGCUUAUGAAACUGUACAAAAUUGGCUGCUAGUACAGCAUGAAGCUGCUGAAACGAAUCCUAAUCAUCAAGACUCAUCCUCUGCAUGCGCAUCCGUAUCAUAUCCUAAACUCGAUUUUCGCAACAUGGCCCUUAGCGACAUUAUAGUCGAGCGCAAAUCUGAAUUCCUUGGCCACGCUAUCAGGAUAUCGAGCCCAGAUGAGGUGCCCCACAUCCUCAAACAUAUUCUAGAAUCUGACAAGCGAAUCCAGAGGGCUACACAUCCAACCAUUUAUGCCUGGAUAUGCCGCACACCAGAUGGGGUCUUGCAUCAUGGUAUGUUUCUUAUUUUUUUGUACUUAUAUUUUGAUUGCGAUGACGACGGCGAAGCUGCAGCCGGUGGUCGUUUAGCACAUCUCCUAUCUCUGCUGGUUUGUGCAAAAGGCCUGCUAACACUUCAGGAAAUUGAAAAUGCCUUGGUAGUUGUGACGCGUUGGUUCGGAGGAAUAUUACUAGGGCCAGAAAGAUUUAAACAUAUCAACCGCGCUGCUCGUGAUGCUCUUACAAAGGCAGGUAUAAUAGGUCCGAUGACCAAAUAA